UCUGCUAGACAUUUAACAAUAUUUUUUUUCUUUCGUAACAAAUCAGUAAAUAAUACUUUUAACCAUAACUUUUCAAACAACACAACAUAAAUCCCUGGCUGCCACGCGUGAGCCGUGUCCCAAAACGGGUCCGAGGGAGAGAGGACUUCGCAUUAGCGUGCACGCGACGCGUCUCCGUCUCCAUGCCGUCGCUAAACCCAAAAGGAAUUAGCACGUCCCAAAACCCCCCCACGAACCUGCGCUCGCUGAUCCCGAAUCCCCAUCCAUCAUCAUCAGCUUUGGGCCUUCGGCCCGCCCGCCGCGUCGGCAGCCGUCCACCUCCUCGCUUCCCGCAACGCUCUCCGAUCGCGCCCGGUCGAUCGCCGCCGCGCGGGACUGCGCAAGCGGCGGGCGGACCCGCGGACGCGUGCGCUGCGCCGCCGACGCGCGCCUUAGACACUUGACGGAGCCCGCCGCUGGGAGCAAGCACGCGGAGGGAGGGGCGCCCCUAUUUUGCUGGCCUCGGCUGAGUGUUGAUUCAGUUCAAUCGAGAGAGCAGCACAGCUACAGCAAUGUUGGACCACCUGAUUUCCAUACUAAUGGAUGCAGUUGGAGUGUUGCCAGCUAAGGAUCUGCAGGUGCCGGCCGAAGAGGCUUUUGGGUUCUCAACUCACUCAGCGACGGUCUGUGUGGUUUGCAAACUGGCCAUCCCAUCGUUGGAAGCCUCAUGGAAACCUGACAGCUGUGGCCAUGCCAUCUGCAUUCCCUGCUUCUGGCAAUAUGUACCUGAGAUGGAGGCCACUGAUGGGCUGUCUAGGUGUGCAGUGCCUUCUUGUCAAUCUUUGUGCAAGCCCGAGACCACUCAGGGGAUGAUCAAUGUGGGUCAUGGCACCUUGAUCUCAGUUGCAGCCAUAAACAGUGGCAAAGGGAAAGAACCGUUGGAUGGAGUGCUUGAGGAGCUAGGCCAAUGCUCUCGUGGUGUGGAUCCAGUGCCCAGCAGUGACUUCUACUGUGCCAUAUGCAUGGAGACCGUGCAUGUCGGAGAGCUCUUCCCCGUACCCGGGUGCACACACCUCUUCUGUGUCAGCUGCAUGAGCCAGUACAUCGCUGCUAAGGUUGAGAAUAAUGUGUUCUCCAUUGGAUGCCCUGAACCGGGUUGCAAUGAUGGUGUGCUGGACCCAGAGGUGUGCCGUGACAUGAUCUCGUUGCAGCUGUUCCAGAGGUGGGGCGAUGCACUCUGUGACUCAGCACUGGGGGCAUUCGGGUUCCACUGCCCCUUCAAGGACUGCUCGGCAUUGCUGGUCAAUGAACGUAGCCCUGACGAGGCGGUAAUAAGGCAAACCGAGUGCCCACACUGCUCACGGAUGUUUUGUGCACAGUGCAAGGUGGCAUGGCACUCCGGCGUAACAUGUGAAGAUUUCCAGCAGCUCAGGAAUGAUGAACAGGGCCGAGAUGACCCACUGCUUAAGAAGGUCGUCGUGCAUGAGAACAAGUGCCAGACGUCCCAGCAGCUCAGGAAGGAUGAACAGGGCCAAGAUGACUCGCUGCUUAUGAAGGCCGUGCAUGAGAAUAAGUGGCAGAGGUCCCUCCGGUGUUUGGUAGCUACAUGUAAAUCUUUGUGGAAGGCAAAUCGGAUGAUCGAUGUGGGUCAUAGCACCUUGGUCUCAACUGAAGACAUGGACAGACAGAAACAGAAAGACAUGGAUAAUAUGCUUCAGGAGCUAGGCCAAUGCUGCCCUGGUGGGUAUGCGAUUGCCAGCAGUGAAUUCUACUGCACCAUAUGCAUGGAGUCAGUGGACGUCAGGGAGCUCUUCCCCGUUUCUGGGUGCACACACCUCUUCUGCAUCAACUGCGUGAGCCAGUACAUCACUGCAAAGGUCGAGGAUAGUGUGUUGUCCAUUGGCUGCCCUGAACCGGGAUGUAAGGAUGGUGCAUUGGACCCAGAAGUGUGCCGCGACGUGAUCCCGCUGCAGCUGUUCCAGAGGUGGGGAGCUGCUCUCUGUGACUCGGCGCUAGGUGCAUUCAAGUUCUACUGCCCCUUUAACGACUGCUCGGCAUUGCUGGUUGACGAACGCCGCCACGGUGAGGCAGCGAUAACACAAGCUGAGUGCCCACACUGCUGCCGGAUGUUCUGUGCACAGUGCAAGGUGGCAUGGCAUGACGGUGUCACCUGCGCAGAGUUCCAGCGGCUUGGCAAGGAUGAGCGGAGCAGGAAUGACCUGCUGCUGAGGAAGGUCGCGGAGCGAAGCAACUGGCAGAGGUGCCCCAAGUGCAAAAUGUACGUCGAGAGGACCGAGGGCUGCGUGUACAUCGUCUGCAGGUGUGGACAUCGCUUCUGCUAUCUCUGCGCAUCCCCAAUGUCACAAGGCAUCCAUCGUUGCAGUAGGUGCAAGAGGACCUGGUGAAUGACCUGAAGCUGCAAAACUCUACGUGUUGACAUGAGGGAAGUUCUCAACUACAUACUAAAUUCCAGGCUACUGUGACUUGGUUAACGUUGGCUUGUGCAAUUAUUAUUUGGCAAAUCAGUAUCAAUGGAGCUCUGUUGGUUAACAUAAAAUAUUUACGAUGGAACAUAUAUAAUGCAGGUAGCAGUGUAUUAUAACGUAAAAAAAAAUGAAAUGUCAGAAACUUGCAUAGUGUAGAUACUUAUGAGAGCUGAUGACUUUCUUAUGAAGAAACAACUACUACCUCAGUGAGAACUAGAUGUGUUCCUCUUAUAUUGAAUUGCUGAGCAUGUGAAUGAUCUUCAUAUAUGAACUUACAAUUCCAAUAGAUAACUUUAUGAUCGAUGGAUCCCUCUAA